AUUUUAUAAAAAAACAAGGCCAAAAUGUCACCAUUAACUGCAGAAAAGGUUGCCGACUACUUACCAUUGGCAGGAAGAAUGCCUCAAAUUUCAGGCCGUAUUAUUAACGUGACCCAUCAAAUCCCUUAUCAUAUUUCAAGAUCAUCCAAUAGUGUGUCUACAGUGGUGAGUGAUGAUCCCGCUAAAUCCUCGCCUCGCCCUCCCACCGAAACCGAGGAAGAUGAAGAUGAGGAUGUGAACGCUGCUCCAAUCUCUAAAGUGACUCGUCAUCAUCACCGUCGUGGUACCUUGCGUGCCCAAUUUCGUGCUGCUGAGUGGAUGAUUGUACAAAAUAGAGGUCACGGUGCUCUCAAUGCCGGUUUGCAAAGCUUAAAUGAUGAAUAUCAAACUUUACACAUUGGAUGGACUGGACCUAUCAAGGACGAAUCCAACAAGGUGGUGGUACCAAGCGAAGAUUUAUCUGAGGAAGAUAAGACCAAAUUAUCAGGCCUUUUGAUGGAAACUGGUCAUAUUAUACCCAUCUUUUUGGAUAGUAAAUCCCGUGGCCAUUACGAAGGUUAUUGUAAAGAAGUACUUUGGCCAUUAUUCCAUUAUCUGGUCUGGACAAAUGAUAAUGACGGAAGAUCUGAAAAGCAAUACUGGGAAGAUUAUGUUGCUGUGAAUCGUCAAUUUGCCGAAGUAAUUGCCGCACAAUAUCGUCCUGGAGAUGUCAUCUUUAUCAAUGAUUAUCAUUUAUUAUUGGUACCCGAGAUGCUGAGAGAAUUAAUCCCAGAUGCUCCUAUCGGACUCUUCAUCCACGCUACUUUCCCUAGUUCUGAGAUUUUCCGCUGUUUGUCAAACCGCAAGGAAAUCCUUCGUGGUUUGUUGGGAGCCAAUUUAGUGGGUUUCCAGACAUAUUCUUACGCAAGACAUUUCAUCGGUGCCUGUACCCGUGUCCUUGGUUGUGAAUCCACACAAACCGGUGUCAACGUCAAUGGACACAUCGUUUCUGUUGGCACAUUCCCUAUUGGUAUUGAUGCCAGCCGUGUUGAUCGAUUCCGUCAAGAGCCUACUGUUGGACCCAAGAUGAAUGCUAUCCGUGCCAUGUAUGCCGGUAAGAAGAUUAUUAUUGGUCGUGAUAAGUUGGAUUCUACCAAGGGUGUUCUCCAAAAAUUGCAUGCCUUUGAAAAGUUCUUGCACGAUUAUCCUGAAUGGCGCAAGGAAGUGGUCUUGGUUCAAGUUACAACCCCUACUUAUGGCGAUAACUCCAAGCUAGAAACCAAGGUGUCUGAGCUGGUUAGCCAUAUCAACGGUCUUUACGGUUCUCUUGAAUUUACUCCUGUCCAUCAUUACUAUCAAGAUAUUGAUCGUGACGAAUACUAUGCUCUUUUGUCUGUCGCUGAUGUUGGUUUAAUUACAAGCUUAAGAGAUGGUAUGAACACAACUUCUCUGGAGUACAUUAUUUGUCAAAAGGAAGCCCAUGGUCCUCUCAUUUUAUCUGAAUUUACUGGUACUGCUGGUUCAUUAGGUGCUGCUAUGAUUGUCAACCCUUUCGAUUAUGCUGGUGUUGCCAAGGCUUUGAACGAAGCCUUAUUAAUGACUGCUGAAGAAAAGGCUACCCGCCAAACACAACUUUUUGACUACGUGAAAGAACAUUCCGCUGCUUAUUGGGCUAAUUCAUUUGUCAAGCAACUUGUUGAAAGCACCAAAAACUUUUCUCUCCAAUCCCAGUCUACCCCUGCUUUGAACCCUGACCAACUUAUUGAAAGUUAUAAGAAUGCCAAGGAGCGUCUUAUGUUCUUUGAUUACGAUGGUACUUUGGCACCUAUUGUUUCUGUUCCUACAGAUGCUAAACCCUCCGCUGACAUGAUCAAUUAUCUUCAAGAACUUUGUAAUGACCCUCGUAAUAAUGUUUGGGUUGUUUCUGGUCGUGAUCAAGCCUGUUUAGAAGAAUGGUUAGGUGAUAUCAAGAACCUUGGUUUAAGUGCUGAGCAUGGCUGUUUCAUCAAGGCGUCCAACUCCACACAAUGGACAAAUGUAUUGGAAGAUGUUGAUAUGUCAUGGAAGAAGGAUGUGAUUGAGAUCUUUGACUACUACACUGAACGUACUGAAGGUAGUUUUGUUGAACAUAAGAAGUCUUCGAUUACAUGGCAUUAUCGUAUGGCCGAUGAAGAGUACGGUUUAUUCCAAGCCAAGGAGUGUCAAAACCAUUUAGAGAGUUCCGUUGUUUCCAAGAUGCCAGUUGAGAUUUUGGUGGGUAAGAAGAAUCUGGAGGUUCGACCUAUGAUGAUUAACAAGGGAGAAAUUGUUAAGCGUAUCAUGAUCCAACACCCCAAUUCCGAUUUUAUUGUUUGCGCUGGUGAUGACAAGACGGAUGAAGAUAUGUUCCGUACACUUUCUGCUGCAUACUUUACUCGUUACCAAGACCAACUGAACACAGGUAAUAUUGAAAAGACUUGGGCAGAUAUCAAAUCUUCUCUUUACUCCAUCACGGUCGGACCUACCAUGAAAAAGAGUAUGGCUAACUGGCAAGUCGAAUAUCCUUCCAAUGUAAUUGAUCUUUUGGCCAAGAUGGCACAUGCUGACAAACAAUAGAGGAAGCCCUGGAGGUUUUUUUAUCGAAGAAAUAUAAUAUAUACACAUUUUACACAAUCAUCUUUUUCUCUCUCUCUUCAAACCC